UUUGUUAAUUUAUGCUUUUAUAUGCAUUGUCAACUGUUUCAUGUAGUCUUUGGAUUUUAGAGAGGCAGAAAAUUUUAAUAUAUGAUAAACAGUAUGUUGAUGUGUUGAAGAAUACAACAAAUAUUUGAAGUUUAACAUAAACAUGCAUGAUUUCGGACGUGUCAUUAGUUUUCGGAUAUAAUUUGUAAUGGCUGACUCAUCACAGAAAGGAAGCAGUGAUUGUCCAGAAAGAGAUGCAAACUUCAAUGAUGUUCUCAUUUUCUUGGCCAAGCACCAGUGGCUGUUUGAUUUCAAACUCACCCACAUCUUUGUGGAUAAAAUAUGGGAACACAUUCCAGAUGAGUGGCUUGAGUUGUUCCAGACAUUGCCAGUAGAAGAUCUUGCAGGCAUUCCAGAUGGAAUAAUACAGGAAGGAUGGCCAGUGUCACUGAAAGAGUUUGCGACAACUUGCUUACAGUUCUCAUUGAAACGAGAACAAACUACAGACUUCCCGCAAUGCCUAGAUCAAAGAAAAACAAAACAAUUUCAGACAAAACCCAUUGAAAGUGAAAAUGUGAUAGAAAAAGUCCAGCUAGGUAGUAAGAUGUGUAAAAGGAAAGCCACAUGUAGACCUCUAGAUCCUGGUGAUAUUCCCAAGGAAAUAAAAAAUGGGAUGGCACCAAAGAAGCUGCAUGAGGUGUGUCACAUGACCAGCUUGGUUGCUACGCUAACUCAGAAAACAGGAAAUGAUGUCAUUGUGGAUGUGGGCUCAGGACUGGGAUACCUAGGCCAGGUACUACAUCAUUACUGGGGGUUUCCCGUACUUGGCUUGGAGAGCAAGCAUUGUCACUCCACUGGGGCAGACAAACGGACAGCAAAAUUGGAUGAAUGCCCGUAUCUCAGCAAUGUGACAUGUGAGCUAACUCCAGAUGAACAGUCGAAGGCAGAGUUCUCUGACCUGUUCCAUGAAUGGUAUUCUAAGAUAAGGGAAUUCAAAUGUGUUUGCUCUAAAAGUUCAUAUACUAAAUUGAAAGAAAGUGACAACUGUUGUAGAAAAGAAUGCUCAAAUAUCCCUGAACUUUGUGAUUCUUCCCCGUAUAGUUCGGGGAAUGACAAAAAUUGCAGUAAUUGUUGUAACAAAUUGUCCUCAAAACAUUGUGAUUUGUUGCCAGAUAGUUCAGGGACUGCUAGUGAGGAAGUUGGCAAAAAAAACCCAGAAGACCUCUUAGUGAGCAGCUCUGAUAUAAAUGGUGCAACACAGAAAAGUACUAAGUCUGCAGAAAAUUGUGAAAACAAUGAACAUUUUUUUGUUGAUAUUCAAAAAGAUUCUCCAUACUGUACCAUGCACAAUAACCACAGUUGUCCUGGUAACUGUCAUCAUGGCAACAGUUGUCAUGGAAACAAUUCUGAUGAGGCCCAGGUGUGCAUGAUAGGACUCCAUUGUUGUGGGGACCUAACGCCGACAAUGCUAGAACAUUUUGUGAACACCGACUGGAUAACCUCCCUUGUUUGUGUCAGCUGCUGCUACCAUCGCAUGGAAUACGCUGAUGAACUGGAAUUACAUAGAAAGUUCCCCCUCAGCUCUGGUCUGAAAAAGUCACUUGGGAACAUUCAGAGUGUUUAUCCCAGGUUCCGGUUAUCUCCUUUUGCAACAAGGCUUGCCGCUCAAGAAACAAGGGCACGGUGGCGCGACCAGACACCAACAGACCACAAAACCCACACACUUCAUGUGGCAUACAGGACCAUACUGGAAAUCUGCUUCAAUACUGGGCCAUUUUAUUUGAAGAAGACAGCUAGGAAACUGGCGCAUAAAGCUGAUUUCUCUUCCUUCGAGACGUAUAUCAAGGCUGUGGCUACACAUAUAGAAAUACAAGAAGGCUCAAGUGUUCGAGACUUUGAGACUUCCAUGCUGAAGCUGUGUGAGAGCUACAAACAGUAUUUCUGCCUUAUUGAGCCAGUUACUGCUCUGCAGUUCCUCCUUCAACCAGUGUUGGAAUCCCUCAUUGUACGUGACCGCCUUGCCUGGUUGGAAGAACAGGGUUACCAUGGCAACGUUAUCCCGGUCUUUGAUGACUUUCUGUCUCCAAGAAACCUUGCUAUUGUUGUGACAAAAUCUUAAAAAAUAUUUAUGUGUAAAAUGUGCAAAAGUGACAGCAUUAUUUGUGUAUUAUCUGGAUAAAAAUCAUUAUGACUAAGGAAUAAUUGUCUUUUCAAUCAUGUAUGAAGUGAAAGUUUUAAGAUGACAUACACAAGAAUGAUGAAAGGAAAAAUAAAGGAAAAAAUCUCUGUUGCAAUUUGCCAGAAGGCUUAUCAGAGUUAUUCAUAAGUGUAUAAUUCUGCUUUUUUCACGGAGAGCAACUUCUUUGUAGUUUAUGAGACACCUUUUAUGGGUAUGGAAAAGAAUACUGCAAAAAAAUCCAGCAAUUUGUUAUCCAUUUUCAUAUACCAUAGGUAACCCUAUAUAGAAAUUGUGAUUUCUCUUCAUA